CUCUUCCCGCUGCUGUGGCGCUGUCCUGUGCCUCUCGCCAGUCUGUCUGUCUGUCUGUCUGUCCCGCAGGCCAAAGAGGCGCUGGAGAAAGGAGAGGUUCCCGUGGGCUGUCUGCUGGUCUACAACGGCGAGGUCAUAGGCAGGGGCGGGAACGAGGUCAACGAGACGAAGGACGCUACUCGACAUGCAGAAAUGGUGGCAAUCGACCAGGUCCUUGACUGGUGCAAGCAACACAAGAGGGAUUAUAGGGAAGUGUUUCCACAGCUGGUGUUGUACGUAACUGUAGAGCCCUGUAUCAUGUGUGCAGCUGCUGUGCGCUUGAUGAAAAUUCCACGGGUCGUGUAUGGCUGUCGAAAUGAGCGAUUUGGAGGCUGUGGCUCCGUUUUGAGCAUCUCGUCCGAUGAGAUGGUGGACUCAGGAGACCCAUUUGAAUGCUCUUCUGGCUAUCGUGCUGAAGAAGCAGUGGAAUUGUUAAAAGCUUUCUACAGACAAGAAAAUCCCAAUGCACCAAAAUCAAAAGUACGGAAAAAGGAUCGGCGUCAGUAGCCCUACACCGGUGGGACACAGAAACUUACCAGAAAAUGAUAGGUUUCUUCAGCAUACUGCUUUUUUAAAAUGUACAGGUCAAUCAAACUGUGUUUCAUUUUCUCCACAGAGUUUUUACUAAUAGGAUACUUAUGUACCUGCUCCUGUGUUCCUAUAUUUAUGAUUUCUUGUUAUCGUGACAAAACAAGAGAAUAAAUGGCUGUUUUUGGAAAGAGGAAAAUUGGUGGUUCAAGUCCACUCAUUUACAGACAGAUCCAUUAAUAUGGUGCUUUCUAGAACACAUUCUAGAAUAUUUUUUUCCUUCCAUGUGUGGAGAAGCAUCUUGCUUUUCAAUAGGAAAUGUUUGUGUAGGCAAGCAAGUAACUCUUGGGGGGUUAAAUUUUUAAGUCCUUUACAGUUUGUGUGUGUAUAUGUAUUCAAAAGGAAUUGUACAAUCCUUGAAGACUUAGGA